AUGAUUAAGUGGUACCUUUCUGCGUACAACGCAUUCUCUGCGAUUGCGUGGCUCGUCAUUCUCGGCACCACCGUCGUAGACGUUCUUCCUGGUGGUUUCUACGACACCCAUCAUUAUGUCGAUUACCCCCAUAAGCUACUUGUGCAAGUACAAGUUGUCAAUGCUGCGUUUGAGAUAACCCACGCACUCACAGGGCUAGUGCCCUCGCCGCUUUCGUCGUUGUUGCUUCAAUUCUUCGCCAGACUCAUCAUCACCGUUGGAAUCUCGUGGUACGUGCCAGAAUCAGCAGGCAACUUCAGUCUAUUAGCGUACACAGCACUUUCCGUGGCAUGGUCUGUUACUGAGAUUAUUCGUUAUAGCUUCUACUUUGCCAAGCAGCAAGGGUCGGUGCCCCAGGCAUUGCAAUGGCUCAGGUACCUGGCGUUCAUCGUGUUAUACCCAUUGGGUGUGGUGAGCGAGCCAUGGGUAGUUUACAAGACAUUAGAUUACGUUCUGGGCUUCUACUACUGGUUUUUGGCCUUGGGCAUGUUCUUGUACAUACCUGGCUUCUUCCAAUUGUACGGGUACAUGUUCAAGCAGAGGAGACGGUACUUGGGGCUGCCACUGCACAAGAAGACACAGUGA